ACAAACGAAUUGCUUUGGUUGCACCCAAAGGGACCCAAUCUGGGAUUUAUUCGUUUUUUCUUCGUGGACGAUUUGGCUUAGUUAUUCAAUUUUUAAGAGCCGACUACACACAGGGUCAUGGGACUUUUCGGUAAAUCGCAGGAACGGAACCCGAAAGAUAUGGUACAAGAAUGGACAUCAAAAUUGCGCAAAGAAUCGUUCGCCCUCGACCGGCAAAUACGAUCAAUCCAGCGAGAGGAGGACAAAAUUAAACGGUCACUGAAGGAGGCAGCCAAAAAGAACGACAAAGAGGUGUGCACGAUCCUGGCGAAGGAGCUGAUACGCUCCCGCAAGGCGGUUAACAAAAUCUACACUAGCAAGGCGCACAUAAAUUCGGUGCAGUUACAAAUGAAAAACCAGUUGGCCACGGUGCGUGUGGCCGGUUCACUGUCAAAGUCUACCGAGGUUAUGCAGGCGAUGCAGGCGCUGGUGAAGCUGCCCGAGGUAGCUGCGGCGAUGCGCGAAAUGUCGAAGGAGAUGAUGAAGGCCGGAAUCAUCGAGGAGAUGAUUGACGAAACGAUGGAAUCGCUCGAGGACGUGGAAGAGAUGGAAGAGGAAGCGCAGAAGGAGAUCGACAAUGUAUUGUGGGAGAUCACGGCUGGUAAGCUGGGCGAAGCUCCGGCGACUCCGAUGGCCAAUCCCACCAAAGACGAACCUUCCACGUCGCGCGUAGAGCAGGAAGAGGAAGAGGAGGACGAUAUGAAGGAAAUGCAAAGUCGACUGCAAGCGCUGCGUUCGUGAAUGUCCGUGUCGCCAUUAACCGUGUUAACAUCUCGCUUAAUUUUAACCAAUUCACGAAAACACACACAGACACACAGUGAUGCAUCGAAUUCUCGUUGUGGUAUUAUUAUUUGCCCGCUCUGUGUAACCAGAAGUCCUUCCCGGCAUCGACGAAUGUCCCAUUUGCGAUCACUUAGAAUAAUAAAACACAUCCUAUAAGGAGUUUCUUCCUCUAGCGAAUGUUGAACCUAACUCAAGUAGGAUUUUUAUUUCAACGUGUCUUUU